AUGGCUGUUCUUGACAUCAGCAAAGCUCGUGCUUGCUUUCCGUCCCUGAGAUCAGGACACAUUUAUGCCGAUAACGCAGGGGGGUCACGGACUGCUCAGGCAGUGAUCGAUCGGAUCGUGGAUUAUCUGUCCAACACCAACGCUCAGCUGGAAGCUGGAUAUGCGGCCGUGAACUCUCAGCGUGUUGCUGAGGGCUCCAUUGCUGCUGUAGAGUUGUUCAAUGCUACAUCUCUCGAUGAGGUUGGGUUUGGAUCGAGUGCGACAAUGUUACUUGAAAAUAUCGCUAGAGCACUUGAAAAUGAUAUUCAACCUGGAGAUGAACUUAUCAUCAUGUAUGAACAUGAAGCCAACAACGGUCCUUGGAAGCGUCUGGCUGCGCGGCGCAAUGCCGUGGUCAAAUACUGGCAUCCCAUACCAGUAUCUGCAGAAAAUCCGUACUCGGUGACAUAUAGGGUCGAAGAACUUUUGCCGCUGGUUUCAUCGCGCACCAGGCUGGCCGCGAUCACCGCGUGCUCCAAUAUUUUAGGAUCUGUGAUUCCUAUGGAAGAGACAGUGAAAGCCCUUCGCCAGCGUGCAAAAGAACAAGGAGCAAUGAAGAUCGAGGUGGCUUUGGACUGCGUUGCAUACGCAUCGCAUAGAAGAAUAGACGUACAAAAGUGGGAUGUCGAUUACUGCGUAAUUUCUGUAUACAAGGUGUUCGGGGCUCACAAUGCCGUUGCUUAUGUGCGGCCAGCAGCUCUGCAGACAUCUUUCACGUCCAUUGUCCACGAUUUUCUAGACGUGGAUGACAAGCCCCGUAAGUUUCAACCAGAUGGUCCAGGCCAAGAGCUCGUGUAUGGUGCAUCGGCAAUCGUGCCAUAUCUGAAGUCGUUGACUCCAGAAGAUGAUCUUACAGCAUCUUUCAACACGAUCGCAAAACACGAGCAGGAAAUUUUGACGCCCUUGCUUCGCUUUCUGACAGACGCAAAACAAGUUGACAGGGGCGUUCGCAUCAUCGGGGAAAGCGAGAUCAAUUUCUCUAGGACCUCCAAUGUCUCCUUUGUUGUCGUCGGACAGAACGCGAUCAAGAGUAAGGAUAUCGUGGAAGCAUUCAACAAAAAGGGAGGGAUUUCAAUUCAAUGCGGCUACUUCGGUGCGUAUUAUCUUAUUGAUAAUUUACGCCCAAAGUUGGACAUGAAUGACGGAGUCGUCCGCAUCUCAUUUGUCCACUAUAACACCAUUGAGGAAGUGGAGAAGAUCGUGGAUGUACUGCGGGAAGUUCUGGCUUAGUGCGCAACAAGGUACAUAUACAUGUGACAUCUGAAUGUAUUUUCCUAGCACUGCAUAGUCGAAGAUUGUUAUCUAUGCCUGUUGACUAAACUGUACAAGUUGCGAUUUCCUGAUGUUUUCUCGCGGCUAAGUAGUGAAAUGAAAUUUUACCACUCCCUAAUGCUUCCAUCCUCUCCCCUCCAUAUCGGGUUACGCCACGCCUCAACACCAGCUCGACUAUGUUCCUUGGCACGGGUACGAACAAGUUCCUCGUUGAUAAUGAUACCCAAUCCAGGUCCUAUGUAAAUGUCAUGUCAGGCGUUUAGCGGAGAGCAUUAAGAUUGGAUUGUUGGAGACACAACA